AUGGCAUCUCAAGUGGACCAUUCGAAUCCUAUUACUCUCUCACGCUUUAUCUUAGCUGAGAAGGAGAUUCAAGGCAAUGCCGAUCUCAGUGUCCUCUUUACGUCGAUUGAAUUGGCCUGCAAAGUCAUCGCUAGCGCCGUGCGUCGUGCAGGUCUUACAGGUCUCUAUGGACUUGAUGGCUCAGAGAAUGCGACGGGUGAUCAGGUGAAGAAAUUGGACGUACUGGCGAACGAUAUUGUGAUCAACUCGCUCAAGUUUUCGACCAAGAUUGAAGUGAUGGUGUCAGAGGAAGAAGAAGAGCCGAUUCUUGUCGAACAUGCAUCAGAAGGCACAAAAUACUGCAUUGCCUUUGAUCCACUUGAUGGCUCUUCGAACAUUGACUGUAAUGUAUCCACGGGAACUAUCUUUGCUAUCUAUCAUCGUGAUGCCUCGUCAAAAGGAGGCUACAAGGACAUUCUACAGCCUGGAAGUAAAUUAGUGUCGGCAGGAUACUGCAUGUAUGGUAGCUCGACACAACUAGUACUGACAUGGGGUAAAGGUGUACACUGCUUCACUUUGGACCCAACCAUUGGCGCCUUUAUGCUUUCGCAGAAGGAUAUACGUAUCCCACACGAGCCCAAGGCUAUCUACUCGUGCAAUGAAGGCAAUUAUGCUCAUUGGGACAGUGCUACAAAAGCAUUUGUAGACGAGUGCAAGACCAAGCCGUAUGCAGCCCGCUACGUCGGGAGUAUGGUGUCCGACAUCCACCGUACGAUUUUGUACGGAGGCAUUUAUCUCUACCCGGGUAGCGACAAGUGCAAAGACGGCAAGCUACGUCUACUGUACGAGUGCAACCCAAUGUCAUUCAUUAUGGAGCAGGCAGGAGGUAUGUCGACCACUGGCACGGAGCGGAUUCUUGACCUUGUUCCUACGCACAUCCACCAGCGCUCGCCAAUCUUCUUGGGCUGUACGCGCGAUGUCCAGCGCGUGAUCGACUUGUACAAGGAACACAACAAAGCUUAA